AUGAGCCACCAGAAGAAAGUCAGUCUCAAUCCUCACGAUCUUUGGGGAGUCCUGAAAGGUGACAGUAUGACUCAAAACGGCUCCGCUGGCCCUGACUCAUCUGCCCCUGAGGCCAACACAUCAAAAAGACCGGUGAGCCCAACUUCCAACAAGAAGAUGCCCAACAGACCAAAAGAAAUGUCUACUCAAGCAGCGCCUGCCGCGGCGCACCAAGCGCCCCAAUCACUGCCAGACUUCAUUCUGGAAAGGAACCAGCUUUUCGACCAGCUGAAGAAGCAGCGUGACCAAGAACUCGCCAGCAGAGAGAAACCGUCCAUUGAGAUCAAACUCGUUCCCGCACCAGGCCAGGAGACCACGGUCGAAGGCAAGGCCUGGGAAACCACGCCUGGCCACCUGUUGAAGAACCUGUCCAAAGAACGCGCUGGUCAAGUCGUGGUGGCCAAAGUCGACGGCGAACUCUGGGAUCUAGACAGACCGCUGGAAAAAGACAGCAAAGUGUCUUACCUCACCUUCGACGACCCCGAAGGCCGCGAUGUCUUUUGGCACUCUUCAGCCCACGUGCUUGGUGAAUGUGCCGAGCACGAGUACGGCUGCCGCCUCUCUCACGGCCCCCCUACGGCGAUGGGUUUCUUCUAUGACAUGGCACUCGAACCUGGCCAUUCCGUCCGUGAAGCCGAGUGGCCCUCUCUGGAGAACCGUGCGAAGAAGUUUGCAAAGGACAAACAGGCCUUUGAGCGUCUCGAAGUCUCCAAGGACAACCUGCGCAAACUGUUCGGCUACAGCAAAUACAAGAUGCACUACAUUGAGAAGUUUGUACCUGACGGAGAAUCCUCCACGGUCUACCGCAACGGCACGCUGGUUGAUCUGUGCCAGGGUCCACAUAUCCAGAACACUCGCAAGAUCGAAUCCUUCAAGAUCAUGAAGAACAGCUCGGCAUAUUUCCUGGGCGACCAAAACAACGACUCCCUCCAGCGCAUCCACGGCGUCGCUUUCCCCACGAAACAACAGCUCAAGGACUGGGAACAUUUCCUCGAGGAGGCCAAGAAGCGUGACCACCAGGUCAUUGGCCAACAACAGAAACUCUUCAUGUUCAGUAAGAUGUCUCCCGGCUCGCCAUUCUUACUACCCCAUGGAACUCGCAUCUUCAACGCCCUCCAACAGAUGCUCCGGGACCAAUAUUGGGAACGUGGUUACCAGGAGGUCCAGUCUCCCAACAUGUACGACGUUGACCUGUGGAAGACCUCGGGCCACUGGCAACAUUACCAAGACGACAUGUUCCGAGUGGUCGUGAAAGAAGACACUGCUGACCCCAUGCCCCUGAGCGACAAGAAGCCCGACGGCAAAACCCCGCUCGCCGAAAUCAAGGAUAAAGACAAGGGCGUCUUCGCCUUGAAACCGAUGAACUGUCCCGGCCACUGCGUCAUGUUCCGCGACGAAGAGCGCUCAUACCGCGAGCUACCGUGGCGAGUGGCGGAUUUCGGGGUCCUUCACCGCAACGAAGCCUCUGGCGCGCUCUCAGGGCUUACUCGCGUACGCAAGUUCCAGCAAGACGACACGCACAUCUUCUGCACCAACGAGCAAGUGCAAGCCGAGAUCGAGGGUCUGUUCGACUUCAUGUCCCACGUCUACAGCCUAUUCGGGUUUCCCUUCAAGUUGAAAUUCUCCACCCGGCCCGAGGGCUACAUGGGCACGUUGGAGGACUGGGACGCCGCCGAGGCGCGCUUGAAGCAAGCCCUGAUCAACUUCCGAGGUGAUGACUGGGAAAUGAACGAAGGGGACGGCGCGUUCUACGGCCCCAAAAUCGACGUGACCAUCUCCGACGCCCUGGGCCGAGAGUUCCAGUGCGCGACCAUCCAGCUGGAUUUCCAGGGUCCGCAGAACUUCAAGCUCGAAUACCGCACCGCCGAAGGCGGCGACGUCUCCGCCCAGCCACCCGAAGAGCAGCGCGACCCCAAGGCCCCAGCGCCGGGCAUGGCUCGCCCCGUGAUGAUCCACCGCGCCAUCAUCGGGUCGUUUGAACGCUUCAUCGCCAUCCUCUGCGAACACUUUGCGGGCAAAUGGCCCUUCUGGCUCUCGCCCCGACAGAUCCUGGUAAUCCCCGUCAUGAAGUCCGCAGAGGACUACGUGCGCGAGAUCCAGGGCAUCUUCCACAAGGCGCGCAUGUACGUCGACAUUGAUGUCAGUGGGAACACGCUCCAGAAGAAGAUCCGCACGGGCCAGUUGGCGCAGUAUAACUUCAUCUUUGUCGUCGGCGCAAAAGAAAAAGAGACCCGCACCGUCAACAUCCGCAACCGCGACGACCCGGCCACGCAGAAGAUGGGCGAGUUGAUCCCCCUGGAAAAAGCGCUCGAGAGACUGACCCAGUUGAGGGAUGAGAGGAGGCUGGAGAGUAAAAUUGAUAUGAGUCACUAG